ACAAUGUCUCAAGUUGACAAGGAAGAAUUAGUUCAGAGGGCAAAGUUAGCUGAGCAAGCGGAGCGUUAUGAUGACAUGGCUUCAGCUAUGAAAUCUGUAACAGAAACGGGAGUGGAACUCAGCAAUGAAGAAAGAAAUUUACUCUCUGUUGCAUAUAAAAAUGUAGUAGGUGCCAGGAGAUCAUCAUGGAGGGUAAUUUCAUCAAUUGAACAAAAGACUGAGGGCUCAGAACGUAAACAGCAGAUGGCCAAAGAAUAUCGAGAAAAAGUAGAAAAGGAACUCAGAGAAAUUUGUUACGACGUUUUGGGUCUUCUGGACAAAUAUUUGAUUCCCAAAGCCAGCAAUGCUGAAUCAAAAGUAUUUUACCUCAAAAUGAAAGGCGAUUACUACCGAUACCUUGCUGAAGUUGCUACAGGGGAUACUAGAAAUAGUAUGUAUUGUUAAAUUUGUAUUAUUUUGCA